AAUUAGCUGCUCCAGACCAUUCAUUAUUAUUGAAUAUCUGUCUUUGUUGCCAAAGCAAUUCAAGCGCAUACUAGUUUCAUAAGGUUCUGUCCAUUAAAAACGAGACUUAUUAUUGUAAUGUUCGGUCUGUUUUUCUGUUACAAUCUGGUAUGGAUACCAUAGAGGUUGUCACAUCUUUGCUAGUAGACCACUAUGAUAGGUUUUUAUGUUAAUCUAAGAGUGAAAUUUCGAUAUGUGGGGCAUGGUUCUUAAAGGUUCAUGUCCAAAAUAUGAAAAUAGCUUUGUUCACUUGUCCUAAACUGUCAUAAGGGACCACUCAAGAGACUUCCUGCUUCUUUCUAUUUUUUUGUUAUUUCAUGCUUAAUCUCAAUGGCACUUGAUUAGUUGAGUUUACUUUUAAUUGCACAGAUGGUAGCCGGUGCUGAAUUGAUAGAUAUGUUAAUGUUGGAAAAGGAUGACAUUAUGAAUUUUAUUUAUCUUUGAUAUGCUCUUGUUGAUGCCCCUGACAUGGUGAGGAGCCAGAUGAACUUCAAGAGGCUUUCACUUACAGAUAUCAAAAUCGACAUCAAAAGGAUUCCAAAGAAGAAGACCCUGAUUGCUGAUAUGGAGGCUGCCGAUGUGAAGGGCAAGUGGGAAUCCAGUUUCUGGGGAAGGAAGUUGAUAGUGCAGAAGAGGAGGGCCUCACUUAACGAUUUUGACAGGUUUAAGCUCAUGUUGGCAAAGAUCAAGAUGCGAUUGCAUUUGUAAAAUUCUCAGUUCAUUUAGCCCAGUAAACCAGACUGCUUUACGUGGUUUACUUCGAAGAGUUAAAAGAAUAAGUUUUUUCAUUGAUAAAAAAGGAAAAAUGCAAAUUGCAUGCUUGUGGUAGAAUGCAUUACGGUCCAAUUAUCGUUACAAACUUGACUCGCGCCAAACGUGUACUCCUGAAAUAAUCUUUAUGCGUCCUUUAUAUAGCUGGCUUUACUUUUAGGGUGUGACUGCUAUGAAGGAAAAUGUUAUCCAUGGAAAAUAUUUUCCUAGACAAUGUUCUCUUGGAAAACAAGUGGGUUUGUUACUUUUUUUUGUAGUGUUUGGUAGGAAGCAAAAAAAAUAUUAUCCCAAGAUCAUUUGUAUGUAAU